CAGAGUGAGGUCCAGCUGUUGCACAGAGGAACCCGGCCUUGAAAAACAAAACAAAAAGGGAAAGACUCCAGGUGGAGCCAUCGUGGUGUUUGAGGGCGACAGGGGGUACCGACAGGAAAACUCGGAGGCCAGUGUGGGAGUAAGAACAAAACUUCCUAGCUGACAGAGGGGAAAACAAAACUGACAGACCGGAAAUUGAUGGAGGGGUGGAGUUAAGCUUGGGGAUUUCAGAUGAUCCGGAGGUUUGCCCCCAGAACUGCUUGAAACUUGUAGUUGGUGAAGAGGGGCCUUGAAGACGGUUAGGGCAGGACUGAGCUGUUGGCAGGCCCAGGGCACCUGCUGGAGUGAGGAGGCUCUUCGUGUGACCCCUUCUCUUUCCAGAGUUCUGACUCUCCAACCCUUCCUUCCUUAGGGGGAUUUGAUCCCCCAUGGCCGCCGCUGACAGCAUCAUUGUGCUGGAUGAUGACGAUGAGGAUGAAGCGACUGCUCAACCCGGGCCCUCACAGCUGCCCUCCAAUGCGGCCUCACCGGGGCCAGAAGCCUCUGGUCCCUCUGAGUCCCGUGGGGAUGGAGGAAGCGGUAACUCAGGUGGCAGGAAGUGCUACAAGGUGGAGAACGAGAGACUGUUUGAAGAGUUCCUCGAACUGUGUAAGGUGCAGACGUCGGACCACCCUGAGGUGGUCCCAUUCCUCUACAAACAGCAGCAGCGUGCCCAGUCUCUGUUUCUGGCCUCUGCAGAGUUUUGCAACAUCCUGUCCCGGGUCCUGUCCCGGGCUCGGAACCGGCCAGCUAAGCUCUAUGUCUACAUUAAUGAGCUCUGCACUGUUCUCAAAGCCCAUUCAAGUAAGAAGAAGCUGAACUUGGCUCCCGCAUCCUCCAGGCCCAGUGACCCCUCUGGCGAUAACCCUCCCACAGAGUCCUCCGACCGUGCAAACGCUGCCCCCGGAAACACUGCCCCCGAGGCCUCAAGGACCCGGGGUUCCCGCAGGCAGAUCCAGCGCUUGGAGCAGCUGCUGGCGCUGUAUGUGGCGGAGAUACGGCGUCUGCAGGAGAAGGAGUUGGAACUGUCGGAACUGGAUGACCCCGACUCCACGUACCUGCAGGAGGCCCGCCUGAAGAGGAAACUGAUCCGGCUCUUCGGGCGGCUGUGUGAGCUGAAGGACUGCUCCUCCCUGACUGGCCGGGUCAUAGAGCAGCGAAUCCCCUACCGCGGCACACGCUACCCCGAGGUCAACAGGAGCAUUGAGCGGCUCAUCAACAAGCCAGGGCCUGAUGCCUUUCCUGACUACGGAGACGUGCUGAGGGCUGUGGAGAGGGCCGCCACCCGGCACAGUCUCGGCCUUCCCCGACAGCAGCUCCAGCUCAUGGCUCAGGAUGCCUUCCGGGACGUGGGCGUCAGGCUACAGGAGCGCCGCCACCUUGACCUCAUCUACAACUUCGGCUGCCACCUCACAGAUGACUACAAGCCAGGCGUUGACCCUGCACUGUCAGACCCCACGUUGGCUCGUCGCCUUCGGGAAAACCGGAGCUUGGCCAUGAGCCGGCUGGAUGACGUCAUCUCCAAAUACGCAAUGAUGCAAGACCAGAGUGAGGAGGGCGAGAGGCAGAAGAGAAGGGCGCGGCUCCUAGGCAACGCUUCCCGCUCUUCGGGUUCCCCUAAAGCCUCCUUGGAUUCGGGUGAGGGUCCUAGUGGACUGGCAUCCCAGGAAUGCGCUACUACCUCCCGAGCUGAGACUGACGACGACGACGACGAGGAGGAGGAGGAGGAGGAGGAGAGUGAGGAGGAGGAGGAGGAGGAAGAGGAAGAGGAGGAAGAGGAAGAGGAGGAGGAGGCCACUGAAGAUGAAGAUGAGGACCUGGAGCGGCUGCAGGAAGAUCAGGGGGGUGAAGAGGAGGAGGAGGAGGAGGAGGAGGAGGAGGGCCUGCCCUCCGACUCCUCCCCUGCACAGCCGCCUGCCCACUCCUCAUGCCUGCCCCCCCUUUCUUUUGCAGGAGAUCACAGCCCCACUAGAAGGGACUCAAAAGAGGAACAGCAGCACAGAGGACUGCCAGGGACAGCCGCGUCCCCAGACCCUCCCUGCACAGAUGCUGAGAGCAGCCGGGAGCAGUUCCAAGAGCCAUUCCUGGGAGAAGAGAGUCCUCUGUCCCAGAGUCUUCAGCUAGAGGACGCCACCCCCUCCCCUGCGGAAAGGGGCGUUUCCUCUUCUAGGAAACAGUCAGAAGAUCCCCUUCCCACCAUCUUGGAAAACGGGGCAGAUGUGGUCACCUCUACGUCCUUCAAUGGACGUGUCUCUUCUCACACUUGGCAAAAUUCCAGUCCCCCAUGCAAGAGACCUCGGAAGGAAAAGCAGCCGCUGGGGUCUGGACCAUUGGCAAGCAGCUAUGUAGAGAAGCAAACGGCUCAGCAGGGAAAUGGGAAGAACCUGGCGGCCUCCAUGGCUUCUGUGGCUGACUCCUCCACAAGGGUGGACUCUCCCAGCCAUGGCCUGGUGAGCAGUUCCCUCUGCAGCUCUUCUCCGUCCCUGAUGACCCAGGCCCCCCGGGCGCAGUCCCCCCGGCCUUAUAGUUGUAAGAUGAGCGUGGCCACGCAGUGCGAUCCCGAAGAGAUCAUCGUGCUCUCAGACUCUGAUUAGCGGCCCCUGCUUUCCCUGCCUGGCCUCCAGAAUGUUUGGCUGUCCGUCUGAAGAUGGCAGGAGGCAGAGGAUGGACUGGGCUCCUCCCUCUCGGUGGUGUGUCUUUUGACAAAGAACCAGAUUGUUUUACACAGACACAUUAAUAAACAAUGAAUUUCUUUUC